AGCGGAAAGGGGGCGGGGCCAAGCCGAUCAGCUCUGAGGUGAAGCUCGAGAGCCCUACUGAGUAAGGGGAGAAGUGGCCGUUGGGAAUUGGGGAGGGGGAGACGUUGAGUGUCUGUGAGAGACGCAUCUCUCCCCUUCGGGAGGGUUUUCUCUCCACUAUGAGCUUCCUGAUCGAUUCCAGCAUCAUGGUCGUGUCUCAGGUGCUAUUCUUUGGAUUUGGAUGGCUGUUCUUCAUGCGUCGGCUCUUCAAAGAUUAUGAGGUGCGGCAGUAUGUUGUACAGGUUGUCUUCUCUGUCACCUUUGCGUUUUCCUGCACCAUGUUUGAACUUAUCAUUUUUGAGAUACUAGGGGUCCUAAACAGCAGCUCUCGGUAUUUUCACUGGAAGUUGAACCUCUGUGUGAUUUUGCUUGUCCUUGUAUUCAUGGUUCCCUUUUACAUUGGCUACUUUGUUGUGAGCAACAUCCGAUUGUUGCACAGACACAGACUGCUUUUUGCCUGUGUUGUCUGGCUAACAUUCAUGUAUUUCUUCUGGAAACUGGGGGAUCCAUUUCCUAUUCUCAGUCCAAAACAUGGAAUUCUAUCCAUAGAACAACUCAUCAGUCGAGUGGGAGUGAUUGGGGUGACCCUCAUGGCUCUACUUUCGGGGUUUGGUGCAGUCAAUUGCCCAUACACUUACAUGUCUUAUUUUCUCAGGAAUGUGACAGAUGCAGACAUUCUAGCUCUGGAGCGUCGUCUCCUCCAAACCAUGGACAUGAUCAUCAGCAAGAAGAAAAGGAUAGCGAUGGUUCACAGAAACAUGUUCCAGAGAGGGGAAGUUAACAACAAGCCCACUGGUUUCUGGGGGAUGAUAAAAAGUGUGGCAUCAUCUUCACCAGGCAGCGAAAAUCUGGCAGUUAUCCAGCAGGAGGUAGAUGCUUUGGAGGAGCUGAGUCAGCAGCUUUUCUUGGAAACUGCUGACCUGCAUGCUACCAAGGAGAGGAUAGAAUACUCUAAAACAUUCCAAGGGAAAUACUUCAACUUCCUGGGCUACUUUUUCUCAAUUUACUGUGUCUGGAAAAUUUUUAUGGCAACAAUCAAUAUUGUAUUUGACAGAGUUGGAAAGACGGACCCUGUCACACGAGGAAUUGAGAUAACUGUGAACUAUUUGGGGAUCCAGUUUGAUGUAAAAUUCUGGUCUCAGCAUAUUUCCUUUAUCCUUGUUGGAAUAAUUAUUGUCACCUCUAUCAGGGGUUUAUUGAUUACACUCACAAAGUUUUUCUAUGCUAUCUCAAGCAGCAAGUCUUCUAAUGUUAUUGUUCUGUUAUUGGCACAAAUAAUGGGGAUGUAUUUUGUGUCUUCAGUGCUUCUGAUUCGAAUGAGUAUGCCUCCAGAGUAUCGCACCAUCAUUACGGAAGUUCUAGGAGAAUUACAGUUCAACUUCUACCACCGCUGGUUUGAUGUUAUAUUUCUGGUCAGUGCUCUCUCCAGCAUCCUCUUCCUCUACCUGGCGCAUAAGCAGGCUCCUGAAAAGCACAUGGCACUCUGAAUCCACCUUGGUUCUUCAUUGUGUGAUGGACGAAAGCAAAGUAUUUGGCAUAUUGCCAUCUUUUUUUGCGAUGGAUUAUCAGUUCUUUGACAAGAACCAAAUAUAUCAGUGUCGGCAAAAGGAGAGGCAAGAAAUAGCCCCAAGAAACAACCCUUGUGCUAUAAGCAUGUUCUUGAUUGGAAAUAAAUCACAAGGAGUGAAAGGGCAGCUCUCUCAAAAGCAGAAUGGGAAGAAACAAUUCUGUGAUGUUUAGUAAGUGUGAUUGGCAAGAUGUCUGCUUAAAUGUCUUAAUCUGGAAGUAGUGAUACUGGAACUGAACAUCUAAAUAAACCAGCUUUUAUAACAAUUCAUAAUAAUUUUGUGAUAACCCUACAGACUUUGGAAAUGAGUUACUUCUCCGAAGAUGGAAUGAAGAGUGGUGAAUUAACAAGGGUCUGGAUAUUUCAAAAGCAGCUCUGGGCAGCUUGUGACCAAUCAAACUGAAUGUUGCUCACCAGGGUUUUGUUCCUACCUUGUCUAGCACUGGCAUGUCACUGUAUCAUUGGUGGGCUGUGUAGCCCUUGUCAAAGAAGGUAUAUCUCAACCCCUUUGCUGUUUCAUUGAAUCUUAGCUCAAUCCUUAUCCAUUUCCAUUCCAUAUUGUAAGGAGAAAUGAUAACAUGCAGAAAUUUGAUAGAAAAUAUUCCUAUGUAUAUUACAUAUAUGAUGUUUGUUUUCCUUGUGGAUCCCACUGUAACCUAACAUACUGCUGAUGAAACCUACCUCUUGAUUCCAGAAUUAGGUGUAUCAGAGAAACCCUCCAUAUGGCUAGGAAGUGGAUACUCAGGGCAAAGGUAAGGCAGCUCAGUGAGACAUGGAUUAAAAAUGGUCAUGUUGUAGUUAAGUAGAUUCAAAAGCUCUCUUCUAAUAUGCAUGAACAGACUGAAGAAGGGGCAGAGGAAACGCCUGAAAAGAAGCAAUGCAGCUAAAAGCCUGCAGCUCCACCCUGUUCCCCCCCCCCACCCCCAGCAAGAAUGAUCUAUGAACUUUUUCUCUGCCAUGCCUUCUGAUGGGGAAACAGUUGCCAGACUUAGUACUGAUUGAUUUGACUAUUGGGACAGCAGCUUCUGUUUAUGGAAGAGAACAGGGAACCCUCCACCAAUCAGACUGUGAUUGGAAACUGAGCAGCAGCUUCUUCUUUUGCCUCCUCCGUACAGCACAUAAUAGAGAGGGCCGUGGGCUGAAGAGAAAGGUGAAAGACCACCUGAUGCAGCAAGGGGGCAGAAUGCAUGGAUGAAGGUUUGGAAUUGUAGAAGAUUUGGGUGAGGGUUGCUAGAGGAGGUCAAGGGAUCUACUAUAUGUAGGAAAUAAAAAAAGGAUAGCAAGUAUAAAAAAUGAAAUAAAAACCUUAGCCAUGUAUCUUCAUGUGUAUACAUUUUGUAGACUAAAGCUGGUUCACCUUUUUGUUAAGGCACCUUGUUUGACCUCAUCUGCUAUCAGAAAGAGGCAAAAGUUGGGUGAGGGUUCUGGUCAAAUGGUAGGUUCCAGGAACGGAAUCUUUCACAUUCUGAUCAGAUACGCUGCAGACACAGAUCAGACUACCGUGAAACAAUUUAUUUUAAAACUUAAAAUGGAAUUAACACUGUGAAAGCAACCAAUGUACUGGUAGAUAUCCCAGUGCAUAACUGAUACACUGCAGUGUUUUCAAAGUGUUCAAAUGUUGGGCAACAAAGCCUAAAGUUAGUUUGUACUAAAAUGACUACACGUUAAUAUUUGCUUUGGUUAAUGGUUCAAAUUAUACGAGCAAUAAAUGUUAAUAAGAAUGAUUAUUGAUUUAAUUGGGAUAUAGUAAGUGUACAUAUGCAUGGUAGAUAUUCACUCACCAUUUUCCAUUAGGAAGCUUUGGCUGCAAUCAACACAGUAACAUUUUUAAUGCAUGCAGUCCUGGUCCACAUGGAAAAAGCCUGCAGCUUAACAAUAAUGAGGUAGGAAUCCAGUAGAAUCCCUUCCUCACCUGAAAGCAAUGUUAUCUAGCAGCCCAAUCCUAUACGUACAUGUUUGUUUGUUCAAUGGGCCUUUGUUACAAGUAAGCAUGCACAGGAGAGUAGCCAACAUUUUCUGAGCAGUAAUAUUUGUAACUGCUUCAGACUACUAUUCCCUUUUGGGCACUACCAUGGGAAGGUACUUGACCCCUGGCAUUACAAUUUGGUAUCAUCAUCUUCAGAAGCAACUGAGAGUGAAGAGGAUGAUGAGUUAGCCUAGAGAGA